CAAGCCAGGCUGCGAGUGAAAGCACUCCUGCCAUCCCAUUGAUGAUGUCGAGCAUGGGGACGACCUUUGCUUCGAUCACUACUGUAGGAUCAAUUGGCAUGAUCCCAAUCAUGUCAACCCCAACUCCUACGCCGACGACAACAAUGUUCCCAGGCUCGAUAACAACGCCUAGUGGAGCAUUCACACCAUACCCGUCAGCUUGGGCUCAGUUUGCUGCUGACCCGGCAAAUGCUCAGGCUCUACAGGGCUAUCAACAGGUGAUGGCCAUGAUGCAACAGGCAGGUGGCUUCAUGCCAUUUGCCUAUCCUGGUAUGACGCCGCCAAUUAUGCCACCUCCAGUGUCGACCCCGUCAACAUUUGUCCCUAGGAUGGUCCCUAUACAUCCGGUGAAUUUGACGGGGACUUUGAGUGAAGCAGCGCCCUCAAAUGUCCAUGAAAUCAAUGAGGCGGAGCAGGAGGCGGCCCGCAGGAGGAAGGGUAAGGCUAUAGCCAAUUCCAGCAAGACUCGAGAUUCGGCGUUCAAACGCCUAGGGGACAAAGAGGAUGGACCCCGCAAGUCUGCCAAGCUACGUCUUGGUUCUAAGAUGGGCCGGACUAGCGCAAUGGAAAGACUUGGCGGGAGUCGCCACGCCCAAUCUCGUCGUUCUAGGGAAUCUGAGACGAUUCACCAAGACGAGGAGGAAGCAGAAAGCCAGCCGAGGGCGUCGCCAUAUACCAGGCUCUCAUACGAUGAGGAUGACCUGGACAAGAUAGGGAGCGUAGCAAGGAAAUUACGUGCCCUGGAGGAAAAGGUGGAAGAGAAGGCGGGAGCGAAAAAACACACUUUGGCUAAAUCUCCCUUUUCGGCCAGGGUACAUGCGCAGAGGUUGAGGCGGAAGAUCAAGCUGGACGUGGAGAAAUUCACAGGGAAGGAGGAUCCAAACGUCCACCUUGACACCUUCCACAAUACAGCACAGAUGGCCGGGUGCACUGAUGCUGAGGAAUGCCUACUCUUCUUCUCAUCCUUGAGAGGGAGGCCAGUGGAAUGGUUUAACGGCCUUUCCCAUGGCAGGAUUGGGUCCUUUGAAAAACUUGCUGAAGUUUUCCGCAAGAAGUACCACGACAAUUGCAUCAAGAGGAAGAAGUUCACCUACCUUAACACGGUAGAAGAGAUGGAUGAUAAGACGGCCAUGUCUUUGUUGAUGAAUGCCUUCCGGUCGGGUGACCUCUACACCGAAUUCUGUAGGAGGCCACCCUCCUCUUAUCAGGAAGCCUAUAAUACGGCAUGGGAGUAUGCCGACGCGGAGGCCUUGAAUAAGAGCAAGCGGGAAUUGGAGGAAGGUUAUACGAAGGUGAAAUCCGACAAGCCGAAGAAGGACGACCAGAUGGGAGGGUCCAAGCUAAAGGCUACGUAUGACGGGUCUGUCCAUCAAAUAAGAGAUGAUAAGAAAGGAGAACAACCCAAGAGGCCUUGGACGGAGAAGUGGUGUACCUACCACCAAUCUGACUCCCACAAUACGGUGGAUUGCCGAAAUGUCAAGGCUGUGCUCAAGGAGAUGGCCUUGAAAGGAGAGCUUGGGGAAGGUUACACGACGGGUAAUAAGAAGGACCCGAAAGUGAACACUUGGACCCGUCAUCAGGGAAAAGACCAGGGAAGGAGAAAAUCCGGGAAGGAUAACAACAAUCCGGAUAAAGAAUUCAUAGAGAUGAUUGUCGGCGGCCCAGAAGGCGGGGAUACUGCCUCCCAGCGGAAGAACUGGGCCAGGAGCUUACACGUAGCGGUGGUUUCCCUGGAAACACAAGGGAAGCACGCAAGGAGGGAACCUAUCACUUUCACUGAUAGGGAUCUUCCUAGGACGGGGGGAGAUCAUAAUGACCCUCUGGUCAUUACAAUGGAUAUCAAUGGAGCUGAUGUGGCCAGUGUCCUGGUUGACACAGGAAGUAGUGUCAAUGUUUUAUACUUAGAUGCUUUCAAGAAAUUGAAGCUUGACAGGUCCAUGUUGAGGCCAUUGCAAAUCCCAUUGUCAGGCUUCACUGGAGCCAGCAUAGAAGCAGAAGGUCAGAUCACCUUACCAGUUACUAUGGGGUCAGGUAACAGGACAGUGACCAAACAAAUGAGAUUUGUUGUGGUCGACAUCAAGUGUGUGCAUAAUGCCAUUCUGGGUAGGCCUGGAAUCAACCAGGUCAGAGCUAUUAUUUCCAUGGCACACUUAUGCAUGAAGUUUUACACUCCCAAUGGAAUCGGGGAGGAAAGGGGUGAUCAAAAGAACGCCCGGCCCUGCUACCUGGAAGCAGUCAAGAAGAUGACCCGCCAGUUCGAACAAAUUGAACUGGUCUCCCAGCGGGUAGACAAGGGAGAGGAGAAGGCUAGAAUCGAGCCGGAUGCAAACACGGAGGAAAUCCAGAUUGAUUCCUCUAAUCCUGAGAGGAAGGUCAAGAUUGGAGCUGAUCUUCAGGAGGAGCUAAGGACUGAGGUUGUCCAGGUGCUGACCAGGUAUAAAUCUUUGUUUGCCUGGAGUGUUGCUGAUAUGCCCGGAAUUGACCGGUCAGUCAUUUGCCAUCGUCUCUCUGUUCUUGAGGGGUCUAGGCCUGUAAGACAGAAGAAGAGAUUUUUGGCAAGUGAUAGGAGAGAUUUUGUAAAGAAGGAGGUUAAGGAUCUACUUGAGGAGACUCUAUACCUCUACCUAGGGGUAACUCAGAUGGCCGUUAGCUCGGUCUUGAUGAGGGAUGAUGGGGUCCAGAGGCCCAUUUAUUAUGUAAGCAAGGCCUUAAAUGGGGCAGAAAGUAGGUAUACUCCCACGGAGAAGGCAGGGUAUGCACUAUUCAUAACGGCGAAGAAACUCACCUCCUACUUUCAGGCCCAUCCUAUUAUCGUAUUGACCGACCUACCAUUGGGCACGGUCAUGAGGGAUUCCACUUCAUCGGGAAGGAUGAUCAAAUGGGCCAUGAUGCUUACCCAAUUCAACAUUGAAUAUCGUCCGAGAACGGCGAUAAAAGGGCAGGCCGUGGCUGAUUUUCUUGUAGAGAUGACGGGUCACCAGCAAGAAGAACCGGCUAGGGCUAUCACAGAGCCUUGGUGGUCCAUGUCGGUAGAUGGAGCCUCUGGACCGAAAGGUUACGGGGGAGGUGUAGUAUUCACAAUUCCGGAAGGGUUCAAGGUAUAUCAUGCCUUGAUCUUCAAUUUCAAGCUCACAAACAACGAGGCUGAGUAUGAGGCAUUGAUAGGGGGUCUGAGAUUGGCCAAAACGCUACAAAUCACAUGCCUCAGGAUCAAAUCCGACUCAAGCUUGGUGGUAGGCCACAUCAAUGGCAACAUGGAGGCCAAAGGAGAGAAGAUGCAGAAGUACAGAGACUUGGCAAGGGCAUUAUUGAAGGAUCUGAUUGAGUACGUGAUGGAGCAAAUCCCUAGGGGGGAAAACACUGAUGCUGACUUGCUAUCAAAAUUGACGCAAGCAGCCCCGGAGCAUGUGUCCAAGCUGGCCAGGAUUGAGACGCUAGAGAAAGCCAGCAUUGAAGGGUUUUCUGUUAGCAUGAUAGAGGAAGAUGAACAGCCCAAUCCAGAUCGAGUGGAGCCAGAUGAUAUUUGGAUGGAUGACUUGGUCAGGCUAUAUAAAAGAGCAUUUGGCGGUCCGAUGCUGAGAUGCUUGACAAGAGCGGAAGCGGAAAGAGUGAUCGCCGAAGUUCAUGAGGGUGUCUGUGCAGCCCAUCAAAUGUCCAGGACACUCGCACAAAGGAUCAUGUUGCUAGGUUACUUCUGGCCUACAAUGAACCAAGAUUGUGAGAAGUAUGUACAAAGGUGCAAAACUUGCCAGGUGUUCUACAAAUUUCCGGGAAGGCCUGCAACAUACUACCACCCAGUUUCUAAUGUUAUUCCAUUCGCAAGGUUUGGGAUGGACAUCAUUGGGGCCUUCCCUCAAGCUCAAGGGAGGAAGAAGUAUGUCAUGGUCGCUAUCGACUACUUCACAAAAUGGGUAGAAGCCGAGGCAUGUGCAACCAUCACAACCAAGCAGUGCCAGCGCUUCGUCUGGAAGAAUAUAAUCACCAGGUUUGGGUCUCCUCGAAACAUUGUGACGGAUAACGGGCCUCAAUUUCAGAAUCCAGGGUUCACCAAAUACUUGGAGGACUUCGGGAUUACUCACAACAAGGCUUCCGUGGCCUACCCGCAAGGGAAUGGACAUAACAUGACCUGGACAUUUUCAAGAGAUGAAAUUGACCAGAACAUGAAAAGACCUGGACGCUGUCAACAAAGCCUACCAGACCUAGACAUUUCUAAGGCGCUAACCAAAGACCAGGACAUAAGGUGACCUGGACAACUACAAAGGAUAAAGCCGGUUACUUCUUUUGACUUGGAAUCAAGCAUAUUCAAUAAAAUUGUCAACCAAGCCAAUGAGGCCUGGGCGUUUUCAAGACCAGGACAUGAGAUGGCCUGGACGUUCUUUAAGACGAUUCCUAAGGUAUAAGGCCGGUUAGUUUUAUUGACUUGGAAGUUCAUCCAAAGGCGAUCAAGAAAAAGAAAAGAAAAGCUAUCAUUCAAG